GCUGACCCCACGCCGGCUACCGCUUCAAUUCCCAAUCCCCUCAUCUCUCCGCUUGAGUCAAAUUAAAGCAUGAGUGCUCCUCCCCUCCUCCCAUUCCAGUCUAGAGACACUCUCACGUUCCUCAAACAAGUCUCUGACUGAGCUCAUCAUGGCUACCCCUACAACCACCACAGCGCUCGUCCUCCACGGCGCCAAAGACCUUCGUCUAGAAUCGCGACCCCUCUCCCCGCCCCAAGGCAACGAAGUCCAAGUCGCCGUGCGCGCCACCGGCCUCUGCGGCUCCGACCUCCACUACUACACUCACGGGCGCAAUGGCGACUUCGUCGUGCGGGCGCCCAUGUGCCUGGGCCACGAGUCCUCGGGCGUGGUGACGGCGAUCGGGCCUGAGGUGACCAGCCACCAAGUCGGCGACCGCGUCGCGAUGGAGGUCGGCCUGCCGUGCCGCCAAUGCGCACUCUGCCGCCAGGGCCGCUACAACAUCUGCCUCAACAUGCAGUUCCGCAGCAGCGCCAAGGUCUUCCCGCACCUGGACGGCACGCUGAUGGAGCUGACCAACCACCCGGCGGACAUGUGCCACAAGCUGCCGGAGCGCGUCUCCUACGCCGGGGGCGCGCUGGUCGAGCCCCUGGCCGUGUGCCUGCACGCGAUCCGGCGGUCGCGGCCCCCGACGCGGGACGAGGUCGCCCUCGCGCAGUCGGUCGGCGAGAAAACCCCGGCGCUGAUCUUCGGCGCAGGUGCCAUCGGCCUCCUGCUGGCCGCCGCGCUGGCCGUCUCCGAGAACUUCUCCUCCAUCCUGGUCGCCGAUAUCGAUGCCUCGCGGCUGGCCAUCGCCGAGUCGCUGGGCCUGGGGCUGAAGACCGCCCUGAUCCCCAAAGCCGAUCCCGCCAGCUCGCCGCCGCCCCCCAAGGACGCGCCGCACGCCGAGCAGACGACGUAUGCCCUGCAGAACGCGCAGCGGGUGGCCGCGGCGCUGAAGGAGGCGGACGGUGCGACGUCGGGAUUCGCCCGCGUGUAUGACUGCACGGGCGUGCCGGCCUGCGUGCAGGCGGGCAUCUACGCUGCGGCUUCAGGUGCGGUGCUCGUGCAGAUCGGGAUGGGUAACCCCAUCCAGACCCUGCCGGUGGGCGCCGCCGCCCUGCGCGAGGUCGAUAUCAUCGGGGUCUUCCGGUAUGACGGCUAUGCGUACCCCGCUGCUAUCGCGCUGAUGGCCAGCGGGAAGUUUGAUACCGUGGAGCAGCAGGUUGUGACGCACCGGGUCAAGCUUGCGGAUGGGGAUCGGGCCUUCUCGCUGGCGGGCAAGGGUGUCGAUGAAGAGGGUAAGCCCGUCGUUAAGGUCGUUAUUGAGAGCUGACCGGGCAAGUCUUUUCCCUGUUUGAUUUUUUGUAUGUUAUU